CGCUGCCCUUGCUGGAUCAAUUCUGGCACAAGCCUCUUGUGACAUUGUUUAAGCUUCAGCUGAGAGCUUCAAGAAGGGGACUUGAGGUUUUCAUUCAACGCUAACGUUUUUAACGGAUGCCUCUCUCCCUCGCAGCUCCGGAUGUCCUGGCUCAUCCGUGGGGUUUUGAGAGGAAACGUAUCCCUGGUGCUGGUGGAGAACAAGACUGGGAAGGAACAAAGCCGAACAGUCUGGCAUGUCACCACCGAUGAAGGCUUAAGCCUGUGGCAGUGGACAGUGUUGUCGCUCCUUGAUGUGACUGACAGGUUCUGGUUGCAGAUAGUCACGUGGUGGGGUCCAGGAUCCAGGGCAACAGUGGCAUUUGACAACAUUUCCAUCAGCCUCGACUGCUACCUCACUAUCAGUGGUGAGGAUAAAAUGUCCUCGAAUGCAGCACCCAAAUCCAGAAAUCUGUUUGAGAAAAAUCCAAACAAGGAACCAAAAUCCUGGGCAAACAUAUCAGGACCGACUCCCAUCUUCGAUCCUACAGUUCACUGGCUGUUCACCACAUGUGGGGCCAGCGGACCCCACGGCCCCACACAGGCCCAGUGCAACAACGCCUACCAGAACUCCAACUUGAGCGUGGUGGUGGGCAGCGAAGGGCCCUUGAGAGGCAUCCAGAUUUGGAAAGUGCCAGCUACCGACACCUACAGCAUCUCGGGCUAUGGAGCAGCUGGUGGGAAAGGUGGGAAGAACACCAUGAUGCGGUCCCACGGUGUGUCUGUCCUGGGCAUCUUCAACCUGGAGAAAGAUGACAUGUUGUACAUCCUUGUCGGCCAGCAAGGAGAGGAUGCCUGUCCCAGGGCGAACCAACUGAUCCAGAAAGUCUGUGUCGGCGAGAACAACGUGAUAGAAGAAGAGAUCCGAGUGAACAGAAGCGUACAUGAGUGGGCAGGAGGAGGAGGAGGUGGGGGUGGAGCCACCUACGUGUUUAAGAUGAAAGACGGAGUGCCCGUGCCCCUGAUCAUUGCGGCCGGCGGUGGCGGCAGGGCGUAUGGGGCCAAGACAGACACGUUCCACCCAGAGAGACUGGAGAAUAACUCCUCAGUUCUAGGGCUGAACGGCAAUUCCGGAGCCGCAGGUGGUGGAGGCGGCUGGAAUGAUAACACUUCCUUGCUCUGGGCCGGAAAGUCUUUGCUGGAGGGUGCCGCUGGAGGACAUUCCUGCCCCCAGGCCAUGAAGAAGUGGGGGAGGCAACGCAGCAUCAAACAAUGA